AUGGCUGUUUCACAGACCCAGGCGUUGCCGCGAAAGCUCUGGGAGCACCCUGAUCCUACGAGUACGGAGAUGUACAAGUUUCUGCAGAAGAUCAACAGCAAGCAUGCGUUACAUCUCAAGGUUCGUGCCGCAAAUCUACCAAUUUCUCCCACCAUCGGCUGGAAGCGUCGUAUCGAGUUCUCAGUUGAGCGCCGCUCCGACUUCUGGUCCAUGCUCUUUGACGACGCCAACCUGAUCCAUGAGGGCACCUACCGUCGCGUCGUUGACGAGGCCCUGCCCAUCGACGCCGUGCCGCGCUGGUUCGACGGCGUGCGCCUCAACUUUGCCGAGAACAUGCUCUACACGCGCUCACGGGCCCCAGGCGCCAGUCCCAGCGCCACCACGACCGUUGGCAAGGAGGACGACCGCAUCGCCGUCACCGAGGUUCGCGAGGGUGACGCCCGGGAGCAUACGUGCCAUGUGACGUGGAGCGAGCUGCGCCGUCGGGCCGCUCAGCUGGCUGCUGCCAUGGCUACGCAUGCCGGUGUGAAGCGCGGCGACCGUGUCGUUGUGGUUGGUGCCAACAGUGUCGAGACGUUGCUCGUGUGGCUGGCUACCUGCUGGCUCGGCGGCCUUUUCAGCAGCAGCUCGACGGACAUGGGUGCCAGGGGCAUUCUGCAGCGCACUGUGCAGGUCAACCCCAAGCUGCUGUUUAUGGACGACGUGGCCGUCUACAACGGCAAGACGACGGACCUGCGCCCCAAGAUGAAGCAGGUAGUGAGCGGCCUGCGUGCCGAAUGCAGCGCCUUUGCGGGUGCCAUUGCCAUCCCGCGCUUCACAGAUCCGCGGGACGUGACAGACCUAGAUGCUACCCGCUGGACUGAUUUUGUGGGCACGGCCGUGGACCUCCCGCCGCCGCCGUUUGCCCGUGUCGACUUUGCCGACCCAUUCCUGAUCUGCUUCUCGUCGGGCACCACCGGCACCCCCAAAGCCAUUGUCCACUCUGUGGGCGGCCUGCUGAUCAACUACUACAAAGAGGCCAUCUUACAUGAGGGGAUGAGCCCAGACUCUGUCACGAUGCAGUUUACCACUGUCGGCUGGAUCAUGUACGUCGCAACGGUCGGUGUGCUCGUUUUUGGCUGCCGCACUGUGCUGUACGACGGCUCACCCUUCCAGCCGGACCCAGCCGUCCUCGUCCGCCUCGCGGCUCGAGAGCGUGUCACAAAGCUCGGCCUUAGUCCCCGCUGGAUGCUCGAGAUGGUCCGCCACAACAUUGCGCCCCGUGACAUCGCCGACCUGUCUGCCCUCCGCGUCGUCACAUGCACCGGCAUGGUGCUCUCCCAGGAGCUGCAGAACUGGUUCUACGACACCGGCUUUGGGCCCAAGGUGCAUCUAGCCAACAUUUCGGGAGGUACUGACAUUGCCGGCUGCUUCGGCAUCUGCAACCCGCUGACGCCAGUGUAUGUGGGAGGUGCCCAGGGCCAGAGUCUGGGUGUUGAUGUGCGCCUGUUUGACACGACAUCGGACGUCGAGAGCAAGGACUCCGCGUAUUUCAAGGGUGUCCAAGUGCCCAGCGGCGAGCCCGGCGAACUCGUGGCGGUGAAAGCCUUCCCCAACAUCCCCUGCUUCUUUUGGAACGACAAGGGCAGCGGCCGCGUCGAGAUGGAUGCCAAGGGCACCAUGGUCCUGCGCACCGACCGUGCUGCUGCACCCGAGGGCUCGCGCUACCACGAUGCCUAUUUUGGCCGGUUCCGGCACGUCUGGGCCCAUGGGGACUUCUGUUCGAUCCACCCAGUCACUGGUGCUCUGGACUUUUUGGGCCGCGCCGACGGCGUGCUCAACCCGUCCGGCGUGCGAUUCGGGUCGGCCGAGGUCUAUGCCGUGCUCGAGCGCAACUUUUCCGACCGUGUGGCUGACUCGCUGUGUGUGGGCCAGCGACGGCCCGGCCGCGAUGGCGAUGAGUCGGUCCUUUUGUUCCUGCUGAUGCGCCCCGGACAAAUUCUGGACGCGAAACUGGAGACCGACGUCCGCGGCGCCAUUGCACGCGACCUGUCGAAGCGUCAUGUGCCCAAGUACAUCUUCACAACGCCGGCCAUCCCGACGACGAUCAACAUGAAAAAGGUCGAGCUGCCAGUCAAGCGCAUUGUGUCGGGCGAGCGCAUCACGCCGAGCGGUACGCUGGCAAACCCGGAAAGUCUCGACUACUUCUACCCUUUUGCCGAAAUCGAGCAAGUCGUGGGCAAACAGUCCAAGGCGAAGCUGUAA